AUGCCACGGGUGAACGUGCCGGGUGCCGACUCCAACAAUCCGGAAAAGGAGGUUGCGAUAGCUGGAUUACGUGGUGGUAGUGGUGAUUCAGUGCAAGAAUUACGAAAACUAAUUUCGAAAUUAUCACUGUCUUUACCAUCAGAAGACAUUCUUGAAUCUCAUCUUGAAUCGGGACUUGAUUUAAAAGAGGUAAAAGAAUCUCUUUUGAAGUCUCAAACUAAUUUAGGUGCUCUUAGUAAGCAUUUUGAUAAAAACUUAUAUGUAAGAACCGAAACAUUGCUACACCAUAUUUAUCAUCGUCUUAAUAGAAUUAGAAGCGCAGAAGCGGAGCUCGAUGUUUAUAAAAUUUGCGUUUCUAAUCUUAAAAGUCAACUCAAUGAAUUAGCUUCCUAUAAACAAAGUACUUCUCAUGCAAGUACUACCUCUGUAGUUAGUGAGGGUAUAUCUGUUACUACUGCUACGCCUAUUGUUUGUGACAAAAAUUUAUAUUCAGAUUUAUCUAAGUUAAAAUAUUCUGGAUCAUCUUGUGUGCAUUCAUUUAUUCAGAAAGUUGAUGAGUUCGUUCAAUCCAGAGGAAUAUCCUUUGAUAAAAUUUUAUCACUCGCAUUUGAAAUCUUUGUUGAUGAUGCUUUGCAUUGGUACAGAUAUAAUAAAGAUAAAGUUAAGUCUUGGCAAGAGUUGUGUGUUUUGCUCAAGGAAGAUUUCUGUAGUAAAGACUAUGAUUACCGCUUAGCUGCUGAAAUUCGUUCUCGUACGCAGGGUGAACGCGAAAAUAUAAUUGUCUAUAUCUCUAUUAUGCAUGGUUUAUUCGCUCGUCUUUCGAAACCGGUCUCAAUGGAAGAAAAGUUAGACAUUCUUUUACAUAACAUACGUCCUUGUUAUGCUAAUACUAUCGCGGCUUCACCGGAGAUUAAGACUAUUGAUGAAUUGAUAUCUAUAUGUCGUAAUUAUGAAAAUAUUCAGUCUAGAUUCUCUUCUUUUCACGAACCUCCUUCCAUAACUACCGGUACUAUUGCUCCUGAAUUCGCUUAUAAUUAUAAUUCUUCUUUUCCUAAAUUUGAUAAAUUUAAAAAUAAUCAAUAUGGUAAAUUCAAUUCAUUUAAUAAGUCUUACACAAUUACUAAUGGUAAUAAAGUUAAUUCUAUUGACGCAACUCAAACAUCUAAAAACGAAGUGGCUGCUCUAUGUACUGAGUCUUCUGGAUUUGUGUAUUGUCCAAGAUGUAGGUCUAACUCACACUCACUUGGAGUUUGCAAGCAACCUCGAUUUUUGAUUUGUUUUAAAUGUGGUAAAAAGGAUGUUCGCUACCCGGAAUGUCCAAAUUGUCAUAAAAUGGAACAAAUUAAUAAGGUUAAGUCAAAAAACUAGACAAGUUCGAUUGGAGUGAUCGUUCAAAGGAAUGGGAAAGUUGGCUUACUUUUAUUAGACAAUUUUCUGCUUUUAAUUCCGUUGCUUCAAUCGAUAACAAUUGUCUAAAUAAAGCUAGACCUUAUGUAACUAUAAGCAUUUUUAAUGAGUCGUUUACAGGGCUACUUGAUACAGGUUCUUGUGUAACUAUUUUAGGGAAUGGGUCUCAUUCAAAGUUAAUUGAUAUGGGAUUCCAAUUGAUUGAGACUGAUAAUACUCAAUUCGUUGGUGCUGGUGGACAUAAAUUAAGUUCAAUUGGUCAAAUGGCACUUCCUAUACUAUUUAAAAAUCAGUGUCAUCAAUUGUUUGUGCAUGUAGUUCCUGAUAUUCAAUAUUCCCUCAUAUUGGGUAUAGAUUUCUGGCGUACCUUUGGUCUUUUUCCAAAAUAUCUGGGUGCUGUAAAUUUUGUUAAGGAUUCUGAAACUGUUAAUAAUAUAGAUUUUAAAACUAAGGGUACAUCUGUUUUGUAUUCUUAUGAUCAUCUUACAGUUGAACAAAGGAAUACAGUUGAUGAUCUUAUUAAGCAAUUUCGCGAUAUCUCUUAUGAAGAAAAAGGUCUAGGUCGUACUUCAUUAAUACAACAUACAAUUGAUACUGGGGAUGCUGCCCCCAUACGUCAACGUUAUUAUCGCAUGUCACCGGAGAAACAGCGAAUUAUUAUUAAACAACUGGAUGACAUGCUUAAAGACGAUGUUAUAGAGCCUUGUGAGAGUCCUUGGUCUUCUCCUGUACUUCUUACCCCUAAAAAGAAUGGUGAAUUGAGAUUCUGCCUGGACAGUAGAAAAUUAAAUUCAAUAACUAGAAGAGAUGCAUACAGUUUACCAUAUAUUUCUGAGAUUCUAGAUAACUUACGCGAUGCUAAAUUUUUAAGUAGCAUUGAUUUAUCUAAAAGUUUUUGGCAGAUUUUAAUAAGCAAGGAAGAUCGUUGUAAGACUGCUUUCUAUAUUCCUUCUCGUGGUACGUUUCAAUUUAAGUCUAUGCCUUUUGGUUUAACUAAUGCUCCAGCUACACAACAAAGGUUAGUAGAUUUUCUUUUCUAUGGACCUGAAUUUGAACAUAAAGUAUUUGUUUAUAUCGACGACAUUAUAAUAGUUUCUGAAUCAUUUGAACAUCAUAUCUUUCUUCUGAACAAAGUCUUAGAAAAACUCAAAUUAGCCAAUUUAACUAUAAAUUCUGAGAAAAGUAAAUUUUUCAGACAAGAGCUAAAAUAUUUGGGAUAUGUUGUAGAUUCCAAUGGUUUGCGUGCUGAUCCUGAUAAAAUUAAUUCUAUCCUUAAUUACCCAACUCCAUCAAACCGUAAAGAAGUUCGUCGAUUCAUUGGUACUGCUUCAUGGUAUCGUCGAUUCAUUCCUAAUUUCAGUCAACUAGCCUCUCCCCUGAAUAAACUAACAUCUCAAGGUAAGAAGGCUCCUCCAUUUGACUGGUCAAAGGAAGCUGAUGUUGCUUUUACUCGUUUAAAAGGAUUUUUGGUUUCAGCACCUAUUCUUUCUUGUCCAGAUUACUCUAAACCUUUCGAGGUUCAUACCGAUGCUAGUGAUCAUGGUUUAGGCGCAGUACUAACUCAGACUCUAGGUAGCGAGGAAAAAGUAAUUGCUUACAUGAGCAAAUCUUUAAGUAAACAAGAACGCAAUUACAGCGCUACUGAACGCGAAGCUUUAGCAGUUCUGUCCGCGAUUGAACAUUGGCGUUGUUAUUUAGAGAACGGAUUAAAAUUUACUGUCUUUACUGACCAUUCUUCACUAAAAUGGUUUUUAAAUCUUAAUAAUCCUACUGGGAGACUAGCUCGCUGGGGUGUCCGUCUUUCCGUUUUCAAUUUUGAAAUUAAGCACCGUAAAGGCAAGGAUAAUAUUGUUCCCGAUAGUUUAUCACGAUCCGUUCCUGUAGUUGCUAUUGAUUUAUCUAACAAUGGAUCGAAUGAGCCGGUUCUUAAAACUACUGACUCUUGGUUUUUAGAUAUUUACAAUGGUUGUUUACAUUCUCCAACAAGUUUUGUUAAUUAUCGUGUUCUAAAUGGUAAACUAUACCGUUAUAUUAAAUCUAUUAAUCCUCUUGCUAGGGAAUUUGAGUGGAAAGAGGUUAUUCCUUUGGAGUAUCGCCAAGACAUAAUUUUUAGUAAUCAUUGUGAAGCGAGCUCUGGUCAUUUUGGUAUUUUUAAAACUUAUAAACGCAUAUCUUUGAAUUAUUUUUGGCCUAGUAUGCAAAAAGACGUUAGUAAUUUUGUAACCUGUUGUGAUGUAUGUUUGUCUUAUAAAUAUCCGAAUCAUGCUACUUUAGGAGCUAUGGGACGUCCAAAGAAUUGUAGUCGCCCUUUUCAAAUGAUUAGUGUUGACCUCGUUGGUCCUUUACCUAUAUCUAGAAAACAGAAUACAUUUUUAUUGGUCAUAACUUGCUGUUUUUCUAAAUAUACGAUGAUAUUUCCAAUACGUCGUGCAACAGCUGAUAUAAUAUGUAAUAUUUUGGAAGAUAAAAUAUUCCUUGUUCAUGGUAUACCUAGUACCAUAAUAAUGGAUAAUGGUAAACAAUUUAUCAGUAACACGUUGAAAAAAUUAUUUUCUACUUAUAAAAUACCUAAUAUUUAUUACACUCCUUUCUAUACUCCGCAAGUUAAUAUGGUUGAACGGUAUAAUAAAACUGUAGUUACAGCUAUUUCUACAUUUAUAGAUAACGACCACAGGUCAUGGGAUACUCAGAUUCCAAAAAUUCAAUUUGCUAUAAAUAGUGCUGUUAAUGAGGUAACAGGCUAUUCACCAUCAUUUUUAGUUUUUGGUCGUGAACUGGUGUCUUGUGGUUCUCAUUAUUCAGAUGCCGACCUGGAAGGUCAUAUUGUAUUCACACCACGCGAUGCUUACGCGGAAAAUUUUGGUUACUUGAGUAAAAUUUUUGAUAAGGUCUAUGCCUCCUUGAUUAAAGCUCACGCAAGAAAUAGUACUUAUUAUAAUCUUCGUCGAAAGAACAUAGAUUUCAAUGUGGGUGAUAUUAUUUGGAGGAAAACAUUUCACCAAAGCGAUAAGGGUAAUAGAUUUUGUAAAAAACUAGCACCUAAGUUUAUAAAAUGUCGCAUAAUCGGAAAAAAAUCGAAGUUGGUUUAUGAAUUGGAGGAUAUGUGUGGUAAUAAAUUAGGAUCUUGGCAUGUUAAAGAUUUUAAGUUAACUUAAAUGUUAAGUAGCGGAUUUUAUUAUGAAAAAUCCUUACCUAAAAAGGGGGGUAUGUAACACUUUUAUGUUUUAACGUUUUUUUUUUAUUUUCAUUUCGGAACUCUUUCAUUCUGUUUGUCUAUUAUUUUGGUUCUUGAUAAUGUCUUGUCAUGGUCUUGUAUGUCAAACUGAAAGUUUGGUUGAUUAUAUUCUAAUGUGUAAAGAUUAAAAUAAAUUUUAAUCUCCUAUUUAUCUAUUAAGAUAGAUCUGUAAUUAAUUAUAGGAUCCCCAAAUAUUUUGGGGAUUUACGCUCCGGUACCGGAUUCCCCUUCAUCCUACGGCCGCACUUUGAAGAUAUUCUCUUUCCCUAAGUUUCCUUGAUGUCUGGCUGAUUUGGAGGAUUAAAGGAAGUGGUGUUUUUGUUUAGAGACCUUUUUAUCAAUCGGGAUGUGUUAAUAUUUUGUUACCCACCUAUUUAACGGUAUUCUUCCAUUUCCUUUUAAUUACAUUUUCUAAAAUUAAAGUCUGUCAUUUUUGUAA